AUGUGGAAUACUACAGACUACCAGGCCGUGGAUGAGGUCACCGACGAUCCGUACGCCGUGAGUGACGGCGUACGGAUUCUCCACGCCACGAUGAUCGCCAUCCUCGGCACAACCGGGGCAAUCGGCAACUUCAUGGUCAUUCUCUCCAUUGCGACUACUCCGGACCUCCGGACAUCUCAUAAUCUCUUGAUUCUGAACCUCAGCACGGCUGAUUUCCUAUUUUCCAUUAUAAUUGAUUCUCUGUACUGUACCUCGGUGGCCUUAAAUCGCUGGCCGUUCGGCCCGGCGGAGUGCCGUCUAUCAGUGAAAGCAUCCCUUCUUUUGCUGGGUGUGUCAACCACAACUCUAGCUACAGUGGCCAUAAACAGGUUCAUCCUUAUUUCAAAACCACAUGCGUAUGAUAAAUUUUGUAGCCGGAGUAAGACAAUCGCCAGCAUCGUUCUCAUGUGGGUUCUCGCAUUCGUCGUGGUAUUUCUAAUUUCCGAGUUGACUGUCCACUUUGUGACCAACUACAACCCAGUCUUUGGGUGUUGUUCCCUCGACCCCCUCGACCCUGACACGCAAGUUUUUGUGACCAUUCUGAUCGUCCUGGUAAUUUUCACAGCUUUUCUUAUGAUAACUACCCUGUAUUGCUUAAUGUUUCACGCCAUCCGUGCGAGCAAGCGCCGAGUCCGGGCCGUGCAAGUCACCGUGCCGAACACCGCCGAGAAUAAUGACCUCUCCCAGGCCGAUAGCAGCGGGGGACGCCCGGUCGGCGAACCCCGACCACCAGAGCGCACCAUCAGUAAAGAGGAGAUCAGCAUGGCGAAGAUGUCAUUUCUUGUCACUGUACUUUUUGUCGUCUGCUGGCUGCCCCAAUCAAUCACAUACAUUUUCGGGUGGAAACAUUCCGUGCUUCUCCUCCGAACUGGAAGAUUUAACUUUUUCCUCAUAAUUCUUGGACCGGCUCUAAACCCAUUCAUUUACGCUUGGAUGAAUGCAAAAGUGAGGAAGGCAUGUCUGAGACUGGUCAGAUGCCAAAGUUGUAUACACGGAACAGCUUAA